UACUCCCUCUCCUCUUCGAGUCGAGCUCCUUACUCCCUCUCCCUAUCGGUCUCGCUCCUUCCUUACUCCUGACUCCCUCUCCUCUUCUCCUCGCCUUUUUUUCUUUCUUUUUUUUCGGUAUGCCGCUCCGCGAGAAAGAAAACCAAGUGGGCUGUGGUGAUGUAAGAAUUAGGUUUUUCUACUUUCACUUUGUUGUUGAGAAAAGAUAUCGGGGAGACCCUUGACCUGGGCGGGCUCCCGCGCCCUUCUUUGUUUAGUUUGUUUAUCUCGGUGGUUGCCCUCUCGAGUCAGGUUCGCAGUUUGCUGGGCGCUUUUCUUGCUUUUUAUGAAGUCGCCCUUUUUCUUUCUUUCUUUCGUUUGUGCAUCUUUCUUUCUCCCAUGCUUUCCGUUGGUCAACAACCAACCACAGCUCUCUAUAGUUCUUCACUACUCGUACAGGAAGGAGUCUCUUUUUGUCUGGAGGGAAUAAUCAAUCAUUUUUUCUCAAUCAAGAAUGCCUCAACUGGAUAAAUUGACUUAUUUCACACAAUUCUUCUGGUCAUGCCUUUUCUUCUUGACUUUCUAUAUUCCCAUAUGCAAUGAUGGAGAUGGAGUACUUGGGAUCAGUAGAAUUCUCAAACUACGGAACCAACUGGUUUCACACCGGGGGAACAAGAUACGGAGCAACGACCCCAACAGUUUGGAAGAUAUCUUGAGAAAAGGUUUUAGCACCGGUGUAUCCUAUAUGUACUCUAGUUUAUUCGAAGUAUCCCAAUGGUGUAACGCCGUCGACUUAUUGGGAAAAAGGAGUCAAAUCACUUUUCUCUCUUGUUUCGGAGAAAUAAGUGGCUCACGAGGUCUCGAAAGAAAUAUAUUCUAUUUGAUCUCGAAGUCCUCAUAUAGCACUUCUUCCAAUCCUGGAUGGGGGAUCGCUUGUAGGAAUGACAGAAUGCUAAUCCAUGUUCUACACGGCCAAGGAAGCAUUCCUCAACCAGAGAGAUCAACCUGCGCCUUUCAUUUUAGGCCGCCGGCGGCGCAGAACGCACUAAUCCGCGACCAACAAAGGCAUUCUUUUCAUUUGGUAGAUCCAAGUCCAUGGCCCAUUUCGGGUUCACUCGGAGCUUUGGCAACCACCGUAGGAGGUGUGAUGUACAUGCACUCAUUUCAAGGGGGUGCAACACUUCUCAGUUUGGGCCUCAUAUUUCUCCUAUAUACCAUGUUCGUAUGGUGGCGCGAUGUUCUACGUGAAUCCACGUUGGAAGGACAUCAUACCAAAGUAGUACAAUUAGGACUUCGAUAUGGUUUUAUUCUGUUUAUCGUAUCGGAGGUUAUGUUCCUUUUUGCUUUUUUUCGGGCUUCUUCUCAUUCUUCUUUGGCACCCACGGUAGAGAUCGGAGGUAUUUGGCCCCCAAAAGGGAUUGGGGUUUUAGAUCCUCGGGAAAUCCCUUUUCUUAAUACCCCUAUUCUCCUUUCAUCCGGAGCUGCCGUAACUUGGGCUCAUCAUGCUAUACUCGCGGGGAAGGAAAAACGAGUUGUUUACGCUUUAGUAGCUACCGUUUCACUGGCUCUAGUAUUCACAGGCUUUCAAGGAAUGGAAUAUUAUCAAGCACCCUUCACUAUUUCGGAUAGUAUUUAUGGUUCUACCUUUUUCUUAGCAACUGGCUUUCAUGGUUUUCAUGUGAUUAUAGGUACUCUUUUCUUGAUCAUAUGUGGUAUUCGCCAAUAUCUUGGUCAUCUGACUAAGGAGCAUCACGUUGGCUUUGAAGCAGCUGCAUGGUACUGGCAUUUUGUAGACGUGGUUCGGUUAUUCCUAUUUGUCUCUAUCUAUUGGUGGGGAGGUAUAUGAAAGAACAAAACAGUGCAUUGAGGAAUUCAAGCUCGAAGACAAAGAGAACCGGGCUUUUCCAAAGAAUUACAGCAGCUUUCCUUCUUCCUUUAAUUAUUAUAUACAAAAAAGUCUCUUCCACUUUCCUACCAAAUCUAUCUGUAGUCUGGCACAUAAAUUCAGGGAUCGAAGAGAUUAUGGCAGAUCAUGUUCACCAAGAAAUGACCCGAAAUUGGAUCUUAGUCUAUUUGAGAUUGUUCCUUUUAAUCGUAAUCAAAGAUGUUUUCUUCUCUCUCAUUUCUUUUCCGAAUAAAUCGAAGAACCUAAUGGAUCGAAC